GUCAAACAAACUUUUCUAGAAACAUUCUGAGCGAGGGCGAGGACAAACUAUUUCUUGCAAGAGUGUGGUUUCUGUCGCCUGGCGCUGGCGAGCGACCGAGCCUGCUCCGAACCCAAUGGAGCCUGUUACUCCAGCCAGAGCUCGCGGCACUCUGCCCUCGCAGGGCAGCACGUCUUCGGAGGAAUCGCUCGAUCCAUCGCUAGCGCGCACCGACGAUCGAGAUGUGUACGAGGAGCUCAUGAUUCUGCACCAAGCCGUCUGCUCGGACUUCCAGCCAGUGAGAGUGGUGCGCCACGGCUCCCAGGGCAGUAUCCUGGCUGUGCGAUGCACACUGGACGACCUGCCGCCCAACAAGCUGUACGCGCUGAAAGUGUUCUACCACGACAAGCCGAACUGCAGCCAGCAAAAGGCGGAAAGCAGAAGAACCCAGGGCGAAGCGUCAUCGUCAUCGCCGGUUGCCACCUCUGACUUAGCGGCUGCUAGCGCCCUUCCCGCUACUGGCGCCGCACCUAGCGCACCGUGUGAUGCGACGGAAGACUUCCAGGCGUUCCGCACUGCGCGGCAGAACGAAUGGCGCACGCUGAGCAGUGCCCUGCGUCACCGGAAUAUCAUUCGAAUCUGGACGUGCUUCGAGGACAACAUCACGGAUGAGCUGUGGGCACAGCUACCCGAGCAGGCCAAGAGCGCGAUAGAGAGUUCAGCGUCAGCAAGAGGCGGUCGCCUGGCACAGUUCGUGCUGUUUGACCAUCACGAGCAGUCGGUGGCGGACUAUCUGAAAAACCGUGCCAAUCGUUCCUCCCCGCCGCCGUACACGCAGGCCAAGAAGUGGGCCAUGCAGCUGCUGGACGUGGCGUGCUUCCUGAAGCAGAAGCAUGUGGUGCACUGCGACCUGAAGCUGGAGCACCUGCUGCUGACGAGCAAUCACGACAUCGUUGUGACGGGCUUCAGCCGCGCCAAGCACCUGCGCGUGCACCACCUGCAGGCGUACCUGCGCGGCGGCGAUGCGUACCCGGCCGACAACAAGCAGCACAUCGCGCCGGAGGUGAUCAACCAGUUUGCGCGCGUUGCCGCGGACGAUGGCAAGCAGCCGCCGAUGAUCGACUUUGGCGGCCAGACGUGCUGGGCCGUCGGGGUGCUCAUCUACGAGUUCCUGAUGCAGGCGCACCCGCUGCCCGACUACCCGGACGCGUACAUCGUCGCCGAUAGCAACCAGGUGGCGUACAGCAUGGAGCGUGUGGGUGUCAAGCCACUGCCGGCGGAGUACCUGGCCGAGUUCAACUCGCUGGUGAUGGCGCUGCUGGACCCGGACCCGCACGUGCGACCUGACGUGGCCGACGCCAAGCGCCGCCUGUACGCCGUCCAUGACGGAUCCGUGCACUACCAACUAAGCAAGUGCGAAGCACAGCUGCAGGAGCAGAGGCUGAAGUCCGCCGAGCUGCAGAAGCAGGUGGAGCAGCUGCGCGUGGAGAAGGUCGACCUUGUUCAGCGCCGUAUCGGCAUCGUCAAGGAGCGCAAGGCAUUGCAAGCCCAGGUCACCACACAGCAGCAGGCCAUUGCCGACCUGGAGGACCGCUACGCAAAGCUCAACGCCCUGGUCAUCGAAUACGAGGACAAGCCGCUCAAGAUACGCCUGAAGGACGCGGAGGACCGGCACGAAGACCUGCAGAAACGCUGGAUUGCGCUGAACAAGGAGAAGGAAGAGACAGUGGACGAACUCGACGAAGCUAAUCGCCAGCGCAGGCAUCUCGGUCUCGACAUCGAGCGAAUGAAAACGGCCGGCGACGAGGCGGCAAGCCGGCUGGAGCAAUCGGAACGGCAGCGCGUGCAGCUGGAGACGGACCUGGAGCGGCUGAAUCACGACUACGGAGAGCUGUACAGCCGCGAGCGCAAGUACUCGACGGAGAGUCGGCGUGUGAAGGACGGACACAUGCUGACCAUGAGGGACCUGGACGGAGCGCAGGCACGCAUCCAAGACCUGGAGGCGCACGUUGAAAAUCUCACCAGGCAGCUCCAGGAGCGCGAGAUGGAGGUUAUCCGUGCCCGAGCAGGCACCAUUAACCCUGUUGCGCAGCCAGUUUCGCCAUAUUCGACUGCCCCCAAGGACUUCCGGCCCAAUUCUGUUCCAAACAGCGGAGGAGGAGCAGGAAGUGGAUACGAACUUCAACCGAUACCGGACACACCAGUGGUGACGAUACCUGUAAUCCAGCCCAGCAGUUCUGGGGGAGGAGGAGGACCACCAUAUUCGGUCUCCAUGGAGGCUAGUCGCCAGAUUGCCACCUCGCCGCCGCAAGCCGAUGCCCCGGAUUCGUCCUUGACUAGCUCUGGCUCAGGCAACGUGACUGGCUACCAGGGGAAGGCCACAUCGGGCCCUUACCUGCCGCAACCGUCCGUGUCCAGCGGAACGCGAACACCGGCCACACCACCACCCGGCGGACCCAUCGCCGACCCGCUAGGCAACGCCGUGGACAAACAACACACUCCGCCGCACCGCGCCAACUCCAUCCCAUGCCUGACGCCGGGCUGCGACUUCUACGGCCUCCUGGAGAGCGACUACCUCUGCUCAAAAUGCUCUAAACUGCGAGCCAGCAGCAGCAGCGCAGCACAACCGGCUCCUCCGACACGGCCUAGUGGCGCUUGUUCUGGCGGCGUGCCUAUCCGAUCCAUGACGGCGCCAUUGGCGCGGGUACGCGAGGACGGCGACGAUGUCCGUCGUCGCCUGGAUAUGUCCACUGGACGCAAGCCGUGCUCCGAGCGCGAUUGCCAGAACGAGGCGAGCGACGAGUACGGCGGUCGCUGCGCGCAGUGCUUCUUCGAGAUGACCAAGAAGCAAGCGGAUCUCGAGGACGAGCAACGCGCGUACGGCGGCGCGGCCACCCUCGGCGGAUUCCCACCGGGCACGGCACAGCAGCCGCAGCCACCGUACGCGCACGCCGCACAGCAUUCGGUGACGGGGGUGCAGCACGAUGCCGGCGUCCAUCCACCGCCGCAGCGCUCCCAGUCCAUGUAUCAACAAGCGGUGCCGCCGUCGGAUAGGUACACUACCAUGCCAGAGCGGAAGGUAUGCCGGUCCAUGGGCUGCAUGCAGCCGGCGCUGCCCGAGUUCGGCGGCUUCUGCCUCUACUGCUACCAGUCGAAGACCACCACGCCGUUCUACAACGAGGGAGUGGAGCGGUGUCUGAACGCGCAGUGCGUACGCGCUGGAGAGCGUACGUACGGAGGUGUGUGCCGAGAGUGUUACAUGCGCUCCACCACCGAACUCGCUCCUCACUAGAAUACUGAUGAUGGUGCUGCUGCUGAUGCUGCGAGUGUGUGCUAGUGCUGGUGUUGGUGGAGGCAGGAAGACACGAAGACUGCAACGUGAUCCCUGCUACUCCUGUUGAUGCUUCUGUUGAUGCUUCUGUUGAUGCUUCUGUUGUGCGACUUGACUCUUUAUUAUUGCCCUGCUUGGUCGUUUGCCACUAGUGGAAAGCUGCUUAUGAUGAUGCGUGGGGUGUCGUGCUAUGCUGGAACAAGAGACCACAUGCAGCGUGCGUACACGCACAUGUGUGUGUGUGUGUGUGUGUGUUUGUGUGUGUUUGUGUGUGUGUGUUUGUGUGUGUUUGUGUGUGUGUGUGUGUUUGUGUGUGUGUUUGUGUGUGUGUGUGUGUGUGCAUUAUUAUCAUUGUUAUUUGAGGGAUUCCCCAAAGGCAGACACCUAGAUCAAGGGGUUUCCGCGCGUGUGUGCGUGUUUGUGCGCACGCAUGCGAGUGUGUGUGUGUGUGUGUGUGUGUGUGUGUGUGUGUGCGAGUCCACGUAUGUGUGCAGGCCCAAGAACAAGCAUUGUAGAUAGGUGCAUGUGUGUGCGUGCGUGUGUGUGGGAUGUGCCAGCAGCAGCUUUGCGCUGUCAGCUCACCAAAAUGAUCUAUUUCCUCCCUUUUCUUCUUCUCAUUUUGACUCUCCGCUUGGGGUAUUGAAACUUUGAUUGGAUACAUUAUCACGCGUGCUAAGCUCCAAUCCUCACUUCUUCUCUUGUUGCCUUAUCAAAUAAUUGCUACCCAAAGCUCACAGAUUAGGUUUGUACCCGGCUGAAAACUCCAUGGCAGCGCCUGGCUGCAGGUUGUCAUGGUGAAUAUUGUAUAUCUGACCGCUUCCUUUGCCGUCUGGCAUCCCCCCCCCCCCCCCCCCCUGUCCCGUGUCCAAAUUUCGCUACGCUCAUUGACACCCUACUGCAGGUGGUUCACGCCUGCAGGGCGCAUAUACAUCUUUUAUUUUAUUGAUUUUCUCUCCGUGCUCGCAAAGAGGUUUUUAUUGUGGGUUCCUGGUGAAUUCAUCCGUUCGUUACCUUUCAAACUGAUCUUGAUAUGCGUGGA